AUGUCUCUCUCCAUUCCAGUCAACGAGACUAUGGCCACAAUCCACGACGCUACCUCACGGCCAUUCCCCACUUUUGCGGUCAUUGUCUACCAAGUCGUCAUGUGGCUCAUCUUCACCUACAACUGGGUCGUCAUAGGGGCAGCCUGGGUAAUCGGUCUGUCACUCACCAGCGCGUUAGGUGGAGGAGCGUUUCUUCUAGUCCGAUGGCUUCUAGGUUUCCAAGAUGAGUGGCGGAAGGACAGCACAACAAAACACGAAGGACCACGCGAGAAGUUCAUGAUUGCAACGGUUGGGACAUUGAUAUUUCAGAUUGGGCUCUUGAUGUAUCUUGCCAUCACGCUGAAUUACAACCGCUGGAUGAUCUUUGGGGCAAGCUUUGUUGCGGUUCCGAUGCUUUGGGGAGCUGUGCUGACGAUUGCGUGCAUGGGCGUCGCAAUGUCAAAGGCGUGCAGGGACAUGCGAUCGAAGGACAGAAGUGACAGUGCAGGUAAGGAGGUCAAGGCGGGAAGGGAUGCAGUGACAGAGUACGCCUAG